AACAAGGCGAUAGUGCACAUCUUUUUCACUCUUCUGCCUCAUUUAUUCAUUUGUGGAUACUGUAGUUAUUUCCAAAAGCCAUGGCUGCGUCUAACUACUCCCUGAAGGUCAACAGGGAGCUUUUGGACCUCAAUUUUGAGAGUUAUCGACUGUCUCUGGAUGCGAUUCCCACGUACAACAUCGAGCUGGACGCAGCCGUGGAGGAGGUCCAGCUGAAGGACACGCACUACACCCUGGAGCACAUGCGGGCCUUCGGCAUGUACAACUACCUGCACCGGGACCCUUGGUACGAAGACAGCGUUUUGUUCGUGGACUGCAAAGGACGAGUUCUGAACCUCACCGUCACUCUGGACACGGCCCUGGGGAAGCCCAGAGAGGUGUACCGGAUGGCAGAACCGGGCCAGUGCCAGGACCGUCUCUGCGCUUCGCUCAGCCUCACCUCGGCCACCUGGGCGGCUCUGUCUGACGGCGGCGGCCGACUGCAGCUCCUCCGCACCGGCAAGAGGGGCGACGGCGCUCACGCCAAGUGGGAACCGCUCUUCACCGAGGACAUGGGGCAGCCCUUCACCAUCCUGCACAGCGUCUCGCACGUCCAGCCCGGCGUCCAGGCCGGCGUCCACACCGUGGAGGUGCUGCUGCUCCACCUCCAGAAAGACCCGCAGGACAGCAAAGGCAGCGGCUACUCGGUGUGUCUGGAGUGGGUGACGGUGGCCAACGCCGCAGGACCAGGUGAGGAGAGGAAGUACGCGGUGAGGAAGAGGAGGGUCCUGAGGGGGAAGUCGGUGCCCCACUACGCCGCCGUGGCCCCCCAGGGGAAGGGGCUGAUGCUGGCCUCCGACAAGCCCUUCAUCUUCACGCAUGUGGACGGGAUUCCCGUGGAGCAGCCGGAGCCGGAGCCCAUGGAGGUGGAGAAGACAGAUCCCAUCUACUUCUGGCAGCAGACGGAGGAGGAUGUGACGGUGUGCGUGCGGAUGCCUGAGGGCGUCACCAGGGAUGACGUGCAGUUCCAGCUGACGGCGGACCACCUGAGCCUGGGCCUCCAGGGUUUCCCGCCCCUGCUGGAGGGGCAGCUGUACGCGUCGGUGGACCCCGACGCCAGCGCCUGGGUCUUCAAAGACCAGAAAAGCCUGGAGCUGAUGCUGCAGAAGCGCAGUGAGGGACCCGUGUGGCCGGAGCUGGUGAUGGGAGACCGGAGGGGAGAGUUUGUGAUGAGCGACGAGCAGGCGGCCCUCCUCCACGAGAGGCUGACCCACCUCACCUCCGAAGACCUGAACGGAAACCCCGACAAGGACAAGCCGCCCUGCAACUCCCAGGAGCUGGAGGACUGCGACGGGUUUCCAGAGGACAGCUCCAGCCUCACGCAUUUCGACGGGGAAACACUCCGGCCCACCCAGGUGGUGAACCUGGGGAGCCACCAGUUCCUGUUCACGGUGGACGUGGACCCGGCGGAGAUGCCCUGCCUCUGCCUGCGGCACGAUGUGGACGCGCUGGUCUGGCAGCCCCGACCCGACCGGCCCGGACACAUGUGGGAGCACGUGGCCACCUUCAACGCCCUGGGCUACGUCCAGGCGUCCAAGCGGGACAGGAAGUUCGCCACCUGCGCCCCGGACUUCUCCUUCGCCUCGCUGUGCGAGUGUCUGCGCCGCUGCUUCCUGUACCGGCAGCCGUCGCCGCUGGAGACGCAGCUCGUCAACAGGAAGCAGGGCCGGCAGGUGGGGCAGGUUGCUAAGCAACAGGUGGCCAGCCUGGACUCUGACCGGCCCAUCCUGGGCUUCAGGGCCUCCAGCGAGCGGCUCUUCGUCCUCACGGCCUCCAACCUGUUCGUCCUGAAGGUCAACAACAACUAGAACAUGGACUCUUUCACCGUCUGACGGGUUCGGACCGGUACUCCCUCCUCCGUCUGUCCGUCUGUCUGUAGCCUCCACGUUAAAGACAUCAUGAUAAUAAACGUUGC